CUUCCCCACUUGGAGCGCCCCGUGCGCCGAUCGGCCUGGAACCCUGUGCUGGCGCCAUGGCGCCCAAGGCGGCCAAGGCUAAGGCGGCCAAGGCCGGUGCGAAGGCAGGCGCCAAGGCGGCAGCCAAAGUGGCGGCCUCGCCACCUCCUGCGCCCCCGCUGGAGAAGCUGUCGGUCUUCGAUGCAGAGACCAAUUUGAAUUUCAUUGAAGAUGAGGAUUGGGCUGCCCUUGCUUCUGCAGAGGAGGGCUCAACGCAGCUAACGGUGAUGAAGGCAGUGUUGCUGCUUUUAGGUGAGGAGACUUGGCGUCCAGAGAUCGCGCGGGAGGCGCUGGAGAAGCCGGAUCAGCUGCUGAAGGAGAUCAAAGCCUUAGGGCCAUUGGGCGCCAGCGAGGCCAACCUCAAACAGGCCGCCUCUGGCCUGGAAGCGUGUGACCUGGGAGCUCUCGCGGCCAAGGCGAAAGCUGCUCCUGGCGCUCCAGCUGCGGUGGCUUUAGCACAGCUCGUGGAGGCCUAUGCUGCGGAGCGCAGUGGCACCGCACGCACGAGGCAGCGCUUCGCCAUGGGCAUUGAAACGGUGGCUUUUCAACAAUUGCAUCGCAACCUACAGCAGGCCCUACAUGCUCGACAACACGUGUGUUUGGUUUGCAGCUGCCCUGCGGCCACCGCUGCAGCCCAGCUCUAUUGCAAGCUGGCCGGCUGCAGCUUCUUCAACCUUCAAGAGCUGCAGGUUCAGAUCAACCUUUCCAAGUCGAUGAGCACGGACGAGGCACGUGGCGCUCUGAGUUCAGUGCUGAAGACCUCCAUGGCUCAAGGCCAACGUUUGGUCCUUCAACUGGGCUCUGCCGUGCCGAACCUGCGGCACUUCUGCGACGCCACGCAGGUGGAGGUCUUCGAUUUCGAGAAGCUCCCGAGGGUCGCGGAGGCUUUGGGUGUCACUUGUGAGUCGGGUUUCCAGCUGCUCCUGCUGGCGGAGUUGUCCGCUGCAAGGGCUGAGAAACUGCCACAAACACUGCCUGGCGUGGACGAGAUGGCGACGCUGGCCCUGGAUCCCGCCGUGCCCGCGCUCGACGCCCACGCCGACGCCGCGCCGAGCCUCCGGCGCGCCCUGCGGCUCUUGGCGGCGCCCGCGGCGGCGUCCGGGACAGCGCUGGGGACGGAGGCCGAAGAGGAGUCGGAAGUUCCUGUGAAUACCACGGACUUUGAAUACCUCGAGAGCUUUAGCAACAACUGGGAGGAGCGCUGGCUACCAGGUCCAGCGGACCAGGAUGAGAAUGGGAAGGAGAUCAAGCGAGGGCUCAUCACCGCCAAGCUGGUGAAGUAUCCUUCGAAUCCCAAAGAUGCCAAGAGUUGUUUGCAACUCAUGGGCGGGGCGCCCAACGCGCCCUGCACUGGACUUUGGACCAGCUUUUGGCCUUUGAUACGUCCCACGGAGGUGGAGUUCGAGUUCACCGUGAAUGGAAAGGUGGACCUGCCCAAUGCUUGCUUGGUCUUCACCGAACGCCCCUUCGAGGGUGCGCUGCCGGACUGCAAGGUGGGUGUGCAAUUCACGGUGCGCGGCGGGAUGCAGCUGUGUGGGGGCGGAGGAAAUCUGGUACGGAUCAGCAACGAUGGAAAGAUCCAAAAUGACAAGUGGAACAAGGUGUUGAUGAAGAUAGACUGGAAGGACAAAGUGACCGUGGCUCAAGUGGACACGCGUGGCAAAGGCUACGCGCCGGCGAUUCAGACGGUGCCCUUCCGGGAUCCCAGCUGUCAGGGCUUCGGGGCGUUGUUCCUUUACAACACCGACACGCAAGCCACUUGCUGGUUCAGCUCUCUGAGAAUCAAGCAAAGUCAAGAAGACAUGGUGCUCCAAGACACUGACGCUCUGGCAGCACGACGAGACUUGGCGGACCGCUUGAAGCAGCGCGAGUAUCAGAUGGCAGUGGAUGCCGACAUGGAGGUUGGCAUGAAGAUGGGCGCGAUCAAAUCGACGAGCUGCCAUGGCAUGAACCUGGCCAUGGAGCAGGCCGCCAACAACGCCAGCAGCCAUGCUAUGGGCUGAGAGCAGCGCCCAUGUGAUGCUCGAGGUGCCGCCAUGUGAUGCUCGAGGCCGAGUAGUGACGACGUGGGCGAACGGUGGACAUGGUGUGAAAUGAUGCUGCGAGUUGUUCCUUUCUGAGCAUGGGAUGGCAUUGUUGGGGCAGAAUGAGAGUUUAGUCCAACAAGUUGUUGUCGUUUG